AUGUUAUUUCUCCCAACCUUGCUAUUACUUCAUUUAGGGUGGGGCAAAAUCGGGUCUUAUCUACAUGACCAGGAGAGGUUUCCUCUUGGCAGUUCCGGUUGUUUAAAUUUUGAGCCGUACGAAAUUUUCAAGCACAACGAAGAUGAUACUCUCCCACUGCAUGUUUACCACGAGACUUACUGUGACCUUCCUGCCACAGUACACUAUAUCAGGAAAUUUGAUUUUGCAGACAUGCAGAAGUGGCUGAGUUUACAGGAGGUUUGCAAUCCAGGCUAUGUGCUAUCCAUCAAGGCAUUAUACCCCACUUCAUAUGGCUUUACAAUUGUCUUCACUGAGCCAGUAGAGUCCUCGCUUUCAUCUUGGGUUACAAUGAUGAAGAAGGAACAAAUGCCAAUUACCGAUCCGGUAACUGGUUAUAUCACUCAUUUCCUCUUUUUUAUUUACAGAAGCACGGUGUUAGGCUGUCCAAAAUUUUCGUUGACUGGAGUCAGUGAUGCCGGAAUGCUUAAACACGUAUUUGACAUCAUUCAUGAUGAUUUAUUGCCCAAUGAGCUAGAUUUCUUUUGCAGGAUCUUGCACAAUGAUGUCACAGAUAAUCUUGUUACUAAGCAAAAAAUUAGCAAUGAGGUUAAAUUCAUUAUUUCUAAGUGGAUGGUGGAUGGACAUCCCAUCCACUUUCUCAUCUCUGUAAGAAAUUGUGCGGAGUAUGACACCCAUUUGGAGAAUGAAGCAUGGUUUGACUUACUUAUGAGUGAAGUUUGGCCCGAGCAUUUAUCCAUGUUGAGCUAUUUGAUAUCCUUAUAUCACCUUGAGUUAUUCUUGUCAUCAUUCACAGCCUUUACUUUGAAAGGAGAACGCUUCAAUGCCACAACAGACUGCAACAGAAAACUUAUAGGAGCAAAGUGGUUCAAAGAUGGUUUCCUUGCUGACAAUGAACGACCAUUCAACACCACUGAAUUCCCAGAGUUCUUGUCUCCUGGAGAUGCAAUGGGACAUGGCACACACACUGCCACAACCGCUGCUGGUUCCUUUGUGGCCAAUGUAAGUUACAAAGGCCUCAUCGUAGGAGUAGUUAGAGGUGGUGCACCCUGGGCUCAUUUGGCCGUGUACAGGCCAUGUUGGUAUGCACCAAUUGCAGUGGGUGCUGCGGCUGAUCAGCUGAAAGCUUUCGAUGAGGCUAUUUAUGAUGGGGUUGAUGUGUUGUCACUGUCUAUGGGAAACUACCUUCCUAAGUUUGCAGAGUCUCAUGCAAUAAGGGUAAAGUCAAAUUGUUGUUGA